GUUUAUUUUCCCACUGCCGUAUUUCCUAGUCGGGAUCGGGAGGAGGUGGUGGAUGUUUGCUGGAAAACCUCACUGCCUACGUAACUUUUACACCGGGAUAUCUGGAUGCUGCAGGGCUGCGUUUUGCGGUCUUUUAACCAGGACUGGUGUCCCUGUGCACGUCUGUCUAACUUCAUCUGAAUAUCAACCUGCGCUUUUCACAAGAGUAAUUAUGUGAGAAAGUCCCGAAAACUUCGCAAAGAUCCCUAAGUCAGUACACCGGAGUCGGGAUCCGUAGAGCCGCUCCUCGGGGGACACACGGGCGAGCCAGAUGCAGUUUCUGGUACUCGUGGUGACGGCGGCGAUCGCCGGCUCUCCGUACCGAGCCGCGGAAGCCCAAGCCCAGGCAGCCAAGGCGCUGAGAGCCGCCAAUCCGCGGCGCGACGACUUGUACCGGAAUGAAGAGACCAUCCAUGUACUGGGGGAGGGACACAUCCAGAGCCCCCGCUACCCCAAUGGCUACCCCCGCAACGUGCUGCUCUCCUGGAAGCUAAUCUCGCAGGAAAACUCUCGCAUCCAGCUGGAUUUCGACCGCCACUUCGGCCUGGAGGACGCGGAGAAUGACGUGUGCAGGUAUGACUUUGUGGAGGUGGAAGACGUAUCGGAGACCAGCACCAUCAUCUGGGGACGGUGGUGCGGGCAGAAAGAGACCCCCCCGAGGAUUACCUCCAACACCAACACUGUCAAGGUCACCUUCAAGUCAGACGACUACUUUGUGGUGAAGCCUGGUUUCAAACUCUACUACUCUCUGGUGGAUGGUGCUCCAGCCUCAGCAUCUGAGAGGAACUGGGAGGCCGUCACCUUCUCCAUCUCCGGCCCGUCGACACCCCCCACCGCCGUUACGGAUGGCCCGCUGAACGCCGUCGCCGCCCUGGACCAGACGGUCGCCUCCUUCGACACGGUGGAGGAGCUGCUGAAGCACCUGAACCCUGAGUCCUGGCAGGAUGAUAUGGAUGGCAUCUACUGGGAGGCGGGCCACUACCGGCCACGGGCCUAUCACCACGAGCGCAGGCACAAAGUCGACCUGGACCGGCUGAACGAGGACGUGAAGCGGUACAGCUGCACCCCCCGGAACCUCUCCGUGAACCUGCGGGAGGAGCUGCGUGUCACCAGCGCCGUCUUCUUCCCGCGCUGCCUGCUGGUGCUGCGCUGUGGCGGGAACUGCGCCUGCGGCACCUCCGGCUGGAACAGCUGCAGCUGCAGCCCCUCCAAGACCUCAGACAAGCUGUACGAGGUGCUGAAGUUCUCCCCGGAACCCAGCUUCUUCCGGAAACGAACCCGAGCCCAGUGGGUCCUGGAGGAGAUCCACCUCCAGCACCACGAGCAGUGCGACUGCGUCUGCCACUCCCGGCCGCCCCGGUGAGCAGGGCAUGCUGGGAGUCUCCCCCACAGCAGACUGUCACAGCGCCCUCUGCCCAUGCAGAUCGCUUCUCUCGGGCUGUCUGACGCGGGCAGCGUCUCCCGCGGGUCCCCUGAGAGCAGUGUGCCGCUUUGUAACCUCUGUCACGUGCGUGUCUGAACGCUUCCCGGAUAAACGAAUGCAUAGUCUGUCCGAGCGAUCGAACUCUAAGACAAUAAACUCUCGCCGAAAGCGUCUCACGAUUAAUACGCUGCCGCUGGGAAGCAGUAAUAUUUAUUUCAUUACUUUGGCAUUCUGCAGUAGUAAAUUACACUUCCUGCGUGUGUGUCUGUGCGUGCGUGUGUGUGUGCGUGUGCAUGUCUGUCUUCUCAGGUAGGACCCUCACCGCCUGUGUGCUGGGUCGAGCCCCCCGCCCCCCGCUCCGGCGCUCGCCUCACACAUCAAAGGCGAGCUCAUUAGAGGUGCCGUGUUUCUCACAAACGUUCAGCAUCCUAAGCAGAUUCCUAGUGAAACAUUUCCUCAUACAGCAUUUGGAUUCGCUUGACUCUGAAUAUUAAUACCGACGCCAUAAAAUAUUCAAACUCUAAGACGUCCACUUAUUUAUUGUCAGUUUUUCCUCUUCACUGCCACUUAUCCAGGGCCUCCACAUUUUACAGUUUGCUACCAGAUAUUUCUUUUAUAUGAAGUAGUUGAUAUUUCUAUUAAACAUUUUCCAAAACCUCAAAACAAAGUGUUGUUUCCUGGAAGGAUUUUGCCGGUGGUGCCCUAAUCGACCUUCCCUGAGCUUUGUUUGGGUUAUGAGUCGACUAUUUAUCUAGAUUCACAGUGACCUGAUAUUAACGAUCCAUUCGUAGGAAAAAAUGGAGCCGCUCAUUGGUGACCCAGAAAAUGAUGUUGCAAUUAAAGGUUCAGGGGUAGAAAAAGAGCAGUGAGGAAACUGAGGGGAGAGAGCUGGAUGCCCCCCCCUCACACCCAAACCAUGACCCAGCACCUGCCUGCCAGUCAGUGUUAGCCUGCGUUUGACUGGGAACUGGGGUGUCAGGCCUCAGGCUGUUACUAGUUGUGCACCUCCGGUUUUUAUGGGACGAGUGGUCAUUAACACUGCGUGCCUUACAUUGAGCGGGGAGGUCUGCUGCUAAUUGGUAAGAGUGUUAAUAAUGAUUAAUGGUGUAGCUGGGAAAAAGAAGAACUCAGCCUAUGUUAAUCAUGAAAGAGAAUAAGAGAUAAGAGAUGCCUCACUCUACCUCCCCUCCCUCUUCAGCUCAGCUGGCUCCUCCCAAGCCCUACAGUUCGGUUAGUCCGUUAAGGUUAGCUGGCCCUCACUGCUUCUUCCCCCCCCCCUCUCUCUGUCUGUGCUAACUCUCUUUGGCCCACUCCUGCAAACAUGGACCCUGGGUAACCCAGAGAGAUGUGUACAACCAGCACGGUAAACAGAAGAGGAACAUGAAAUAUGUAAUAUGCCAUCUUAUAUGUCGAGAGGCAGCUGGCUCUCUUGCGACUUGCGCAUGAACAGAUGGUAUUUCCAAGCCAUAAGGGACAAAACGCAGCCCUUAUGGUUAUAUACGGCGCCUAUGUACGUGUCGUACUGUUUCUGUCCAUAAGAGCCCUGGGCAGAUGGGCCUUUGACAGCCUCUUCCCUGCCUCGGAAGUUACCUUUCUUUGACAGCCUCUUCCCUGCCUCGGAAGUUACCUUUCUUUGACAGCCUCUUCCCUGCCUCGGAAGUUACCUUUCUUUGACAGAAGCUCAGACACACAGGCGUCUGUUACUUUCCUUUAGAGGCAUUUUCAUCUUUGGUUUUCCUCUUUCCCUGAAAAUGGGAUCCUUCGCUUUGCCCACAUAUGUAAUACAGGCAGUUCUAAAUGCCCAUUUUUUGUCUCAGCCACCAGGAAAAAUAGUCUUUCUAAAACCGUUUAGCAACUUUUCACAUACAUUUUGGAUUUCCAUGUACAUUUCGUUCCUCUGGCGUGGCAGACAUUACAGUGGGGCUCCCUCCUCCUCUCUGCAGAUUUACUUAUGGGGGGGGGGGGGUGUAACGUCCUGUAUUUCUUCAGGAGGCCGAGUCCCCCUAAGGGUUAAAUCAUAGAGUUGACCCCUGAUACUUAACUGCUAAUAAAAAUGAGCCCUGCGUCCUGCGUGUUGUGUCUAAAAUAUGUCCACAUUUUAGACACGUAGGACAUGUCAUUUAAGGACUCCUGUCAUUUUAGACACAUAGGACAUGUCAUUUAGGGACUCCUGUCAUUUUAGACAUAUAGGACAUGUCAUCUGGGGACUCCUGUCAUUUUAGACACAUAGGACAUGUCAUCUAGGGACUCCUGUCAUUUUAGACACAUAGGACAUGUCAU